UUUGUAAAUUUGUAACCGCUGUGGGUGGGAGCAAAAGUGUAAUAAAAGGACAAACUACACCUGAGAGUGAUUGACUUCACAGUUAGCACAUUGCUCUAUACAAACAAUCAUGCUGGCACCGGUUGUUCUGGCAGUCUGUUUUGCAGUUUUGGCAAGAGGAGCUGUUAUCCCUGGUCGCUCUAAAGAGCCAAAUUGCUCUGAGUACUCCCUGCCCAUUUGUACCCGGGAAUUUAACCCUGUGUGUGGUACCGAUGGAGUCACAUACUCCAAUGAAUGCAUGCUGUGCUUGUUAAAUAUGGAGGAGAAAGUCAACACAUUCAUCUCCAAGAAGGGAAACUGCUGAGACAAAUCCACUCAUUUAUUUUCUGUAUAUGUGACAUGAAGGCUGGAACCACAUGCUGUUUUUUUUUUUUUUUUUUUCUUUUACUGGUUCUUGUCUUGAGAAAUGUGGGUUGUGACCUUUUUAAAACCUUUUAAUCCUUUAGUAAAACCUUGAUAUAGAAGUCA